UGAAAUCAGCUGUGUUUCGUUGGGCGCGUAAAUUGUGCGGCGUGCAUUUUGUUGUCUUUUUGUAAUAACUGUUUUUAUGUAGUUAUCUGUGCCAAAAAAUGUUAAACUUAAACUGCGUAAUAUGCGCCGAACUGUUUGGUCAGGCCGACGAGGUGUUUGCCACUGUAUGUGGGCACAUGUUCCACCACAGUUGUCUCAACCAAUGGCUCGAUCGAUCGAAGACCUGUCCCCAGUGCCGUAACAAGUGCACUGCCCGCAACAUUUUUAGAGUCUACUUCAAUUUGGCCAACUUAGAUGUGAGCCGAAUCGAUGUGGGCUCCCUGCAGGAGCAGCUCGACAACGCAAAAUUGUCGAUGAAAAUGAUAGAAAAGGAGCGCAACAAGGAUGAGCAGCAGAUGCGCAAUCUAAAGGAGACGCAAAAGAAGUGCCUAAAAACCAUCGCUGGUUUGGAGCAGAAGGUGCAGAAGAAGGAAUUCCUCAUCAGCAGCUAUGCUGAGCAGAUUAGCAUGUUAAAGAACGACGCCCUGGUGGUGGAUGGGUUGCGCAAGGAGAACAAAUCCUUAAAGUCGCAGAUACAGGCCAUGGAGGGCAUCUCGGCCAUUCUAACAGCUGGCUCGGCGGAUGCUGAACGCCUGCUCAAGAACGAGGCCGAUCCCCACGUUCUGGCCAACUGGGUGUCCACACUGAAGCGGGAGUUGCGCCAGUGCGAGAGCAAGAAGACGGAGCUCAGAAACGUAGUCAAACUGGUGCAGAAUGAUCUGCGCAAAGAGAUCGAUCUGAAACGCAAAUUAGAGGAGCGUGUUUCCCACCUGGAGAGCGAUCUUUACCAGGCACAGGAGAAGCUUCAAGCUCUAGAGAGCAAGCCCAUUUGUUUGGACUCCCCCAACACCUCUUAUGGUCUAAAUAGUAACGUUUUAGCCCUUAAACGCGAUGCGAGGCGUUCCACCAUUUCGCCUACAGUUAAGGAGAAUAUAAAGCGUAUUGAAGAGUCCACCUCUCCGUAUCUCAACAUCAAAUCCAGCAGCGUGGGCUUGGCUCAUCUUCUCAAUACCAAGGGUAAUAUUGGACUGGUCAAGACCAAAAUAUCACCCAUCAAGGGAGCCGGUGGUGUGAGUAUGACCAGCGGAACCAUACGUAAAACCAACAGCGAUCUCAGUGAAAAGUACUCAAUCUUCAAGAAGCCUCGACUGCUGCUGGGCAGCUCGAGCAGCACAGGUCUGGCGGCCACCACAGGCUCUAACUUUGUUUACAAUGGAAUGGGCGGCUCCGAGAAGGUGGAUCCCUUCGCGCAGCGCGCCGAAGAAGAGGGUUUGGCGGGCAGCAGACCCUCAGCCGUCCUUUCCCGGAACGUAAACCAACGCCUUAAAGCCGGCUCCCUGCGCAAUUUCAACUUGGGCAAAUAAAUCAAUAGCCAUGUGAUCAUUUAAGACUCCCCCAGUUGCUGUAUUAGCGUGCGAUUGCUAUUAAGGAUUGCCGUAUUGUUAGAUAGCCAAUGCAUGGAGUAAGCAGUAGUAAUAAGUUAGCAUUAAAUACAAAAAAAUACAAAAGGCAAAUGUGCGAUCAGGCA